UAGUGACGGGUUUCCCAGAAGCACAACCAUAUCUGAAGCUUUAAGCUUUAGAGCAUGAGGUUCUCUAGCAUGUUGCUAUUAUUCAACAUCUUCCUAACUGCAUGGCUUUCUACUGCUAAAGGGGGAGAAUUCAGCCUAUUAAGGGAGGAUGAACUUUUGGAUGAGUUCUUGAAUUUGGAUUUAAAACUUUGUGAUUUUCCACAAUUCAAAUAUGGACGUCUAUAUUAUGAAGAAAGACGGAGACCCGAAUUCCCAGUACCUAUAGGAAAGGAGUACAGCUAUUACUGUGACAAUGGGUUUUCAACACCUUCAGGGUCAUACUGGGACUACCUUCGUUGCACAGUAAAAGGGUGGGAGCCUGAAGUCCCAUGCCUUAUGCAAUGUGUUUUCCAUUAUGUGGAGAAUGGACAAUCUUCUUAUUGGGAAAGAAAAUAUUUACAGGGUCAAUCUGUAAAAGUCCUGUGUUACAAUGGCUAUCAUCUUCCAAAUGGUCAAGACAUAAUGACAUGUACAGAGUCUGGCUGGUCCCCUCCUCCCAAAUGCAUUCCUAUUA